AAAACUAUUUGAAAUAAUAUAAUAGAACAUAACCUAUUAUAGACACUUGUUUUAUUUGUGAUUUUAUAUAGAAGACUUCAAGAAUGGUUUGCGAGGAUACUUUAAAAGUGAAAAAUUUACCAAAGUCUCUAACAAACGACGAAAAGGAGGAUUUCUUGAGGUUUUUUGGGGCCACCUAUACAAAACUAAUCACUUCAAAAUUGAAAGAAAAAACAGUAGCUUUUGCAAAGUUCGAGACAAAGCAAUUAGCCAAAUCUGUUUUACAUAGAUUGCACCAAAGUAAAGUAUUGGAUACAAUAUUAUAUGUAGAAUAUGCACAACAUGAUAUUGGUUAUAGCAAGUUGCAGUUAAAGUCAGAUAAAAGUGAUGACGUUAAAAAUAAGAAGUUCUACAAGGCCUUCAUAACUAAGAUAAAUGCAUUCAAUUCCUCAGUUGCCUUCAAUCAACCACCACCUCCAUAUCUCCAAUAUGAGUACCCAAAGGCUAAUAGGUCUACAAUAAAUAAUAUUGCACAUGCCUUAGCAUCAGUGCCAAAAUUUUACACACAGGUCUUGCAUUUAAUGAACAAAAUGAAUUUACCUCCACCAUUUUCAGUGGACAUAGCUGACUUGCCAAUUAGAGAACAACCACAACCCAAGCAACAGCAGCAUGUAAAUGUUAAAGAAUCUUCUUCGGAGUCAGAAAUUGAAAGUGAACCAGAUGAGAAAAGGAGUAAAGAUAUUGUUGUUAAGAGAACUUUACGACAGAAGAAAGCAAUAAAAAGACCUAAAUUUAUUAAGCCAAAUGUAAUACAGGCAGGUACCUUACACAAAGAACAAAAUGCAGAUCAAGUAUUUGAUAAAGUAAAUAUAAUCAAUCGUCGAAUAGAGUUGAAAGUAAAUAGUGAAUGUUUAGAUUCAAAGAUUGAGUCUAAUGGUCCAGAUAGUAGCACAGUAACAGAAAUGGAAAUUGCUGAGGACGAGGAACCCAAAGGAACUUUCAUUAGUGAUAAAGAAUUGAGUGCUAACAGGAUUCCAUUGAAGGACUUGACUGUCCUUCCAGUAUUUAAGGAUUAUCACCCUGGGGUGCCAAGUUGUCGUUUGUACAUUAAGAAUAUAGCGAAAUCUGUUGAGCAAAGCGAUCUCGAAUAUAUUUACGGAAAAUAUAAUGUUGCUGGUGAUUCGACAGAGUCGAGCAACUUUGAUAUUCGUUUAAUGCAAGAAGGAAGAAUGAAAGGGCAAGCUUUUGUUACGUUUAGAUCAAUUGAAAUGGCACAAAAGGCUUUGGUGAAUUCAAAUGGGUUCAUUUUGAAGGAUAAACCUUUGGUUGUUGUCUAUGGAAAAACUAUUACUAAGUAAUUAAAUUUGAAAAUAAAAUAUGUAUAUUUUUUUACUAAAAGUUGAUUUUAUUUAUAAAGAGUUGAACCUUCUAAAUUAAAAAUUGCACUAACAAAGUACAUUCAAAGGAAGGA